CCUCUUGUGUUAGUCGUCAGGAGCUCAACCAACCUCACACCCGAACUCCUAAAUCUCUCUCCCUCUCUCUUUCUCUCUUUCUCUCUCUCUCUCUCUCUCUCCAUCUCUCCCACCCGAAUGGCUCCAUCUGCUCCAGUGGAAACGGCAACAAAGCCACAAGAAUUCAUUUACAGAUCGAAACUCCCCAAUAUCUACAUCCCAAACCAUCUCCCUCUACACACAUACUGUUUCGAGAAUAUAUCCAAAUUCAGCUCCCGGCCAUGCUUGAUAAACGGUGCCACCGGCGAAAUACACACUUACGCCGACGUGGAACUCAUCUCGCGGAAAGUAGCAUCUGGCCUUAACAAACUGGGCAUCAAACAAGGUCAGGUGAUCAUGCUUCUACUACCCAACUCGCCUGAGUUCGUCUUUGCCUUCCUCGGAGCUUCUUAUCGCGGCGCCACCAGCACUACGGCGAAUCCCUUUUAUACCCCGGCUGAGAUUUCCAAGCAAGCCAAAGCCUCGAAAGCUAAACUUAUUAUAACGCAAGCUUGUUAUGUCGACAAAGUGCGGGACUUCGCCAUGGCAAACGACGUUAUGAUCAUGACUAUUGACUCGCCCCACGAGGGCUGUUUGCAUUUUUCCGAGUUGACUCAGGCGGACGAGUCAGAAAUGCCCACUGUAAAAAUUCACCCUGACGACGUGGUGGCACUACCCUACUCGUCUGGGACGACCGGGUUGCCUAAAGGUGUGAUGUUAACUCACAAGGGCCUUGUGACCAGCGUGGCUCAGCAGGUUGACGGAGAGAAUCCGAACUUGUAUCUUCACUGUGAGGAUGUGAUGUUAUGCGUGUUGCCUCUGUUCCACAUCUACUCGCUUAACUCGGUGUUGCUUUGCGGUUUACGGGUUGGCUCGGCGAUUCUGAUUAUGCAAAAAUUCGAGGUUGUUGCAAUGAUGGAACUUAUACAAAAGUAUAAAGUGACCAUUGGGCCGUUUGUCCCUCCGAUCGUCCUGGCUUUGGCUAAGUGCCCUGUCGUCGAUGACUACGAUCUCUCCUCCGUUCGGACGGUGAUGUCUGGUGCCGCGCCCAUGGGAAAGGAUCUUGAAGACACUCUCAGACUCAAGCUUCCCAAUGCCAAGCUUGGACAAGGAUACGGGAUGACGGAGGCGGGACCGGUGUUGUCGAUGUGUUUGGCAUUUGCUAAGGAGCCGUUUGUGAUAAAAUCAGGAUCAUGUGGAACUGUGGUUAGGAACGCUGAGAUGAAACUGGUUGAACCGGAGACCGGUGAAUCUUUGCCUAGAAAUCAACCUGGAGAGAUUUGUAUCCGAGGAGCCCAGAUCAUGAAAGGCUAUCUAAAUGAUGCGGAAGCGACGGAGAGAACCAUUGACAAAGAGGGCUGGCUGCAUACAGGGGAUGUUGGCUACAUUGACGAUGAUGAUGAGCUAUUCAUUGUGGACCGAUUGAAAGAAUUGAUCAAAUACAACGGGUUCCAGGUGGCCCCCGCCGAGCUGGAAGCAAUCCUCAUCACUCAUCCCGACAUUUCUGAUGUCGCCGUAGUUCCUAUGAAGGAUGAACGAGCUGGAGAGAUCCCAGUUGCAUUCGUGGUGAGAUCCAAUGGUUCUCAGAUCACCGAGGACGAAAUCAAGGAAUACGUCUCAAAGCAGGUUAUAUAUUACAAAAGAGUCAAGCGAGUCUUCUUCAUUGAAGCCAUUCCAAAGGCGCCAUCUGGCAAGAUCUUGAGGAAGGAUCUGAGGGCAAAGCUAGCCGCUGGUGUUUCCAACUAGUUCUAACGAGAAAAAGGGCAAAUCUGUAUUUUGCUCCCUCGACUGCCCUUGCACCGAAGAUAAUAUACACCUUCUUUGGGAAUGGGAUUCCUGGGGGAUCUGAUUGAAUGCGUUGGUUCAUUCAGAUAUAAAAGUAGGAUGAAGAAAAUUAAAGAUUUUUUUUUUUUUUAAUUUGUGAGUUUAAAUAUGUCAAUAUUUGAUGUUAUGAAGGAUGUAGAAGACACUUGGGACAUUGAUGAAAUGUUUUACAAAGUCAAUUAAUUGUUAUAUGUCAGAUUGUUCAUAUAUUCUCUUCA